AUGAAAAAAUUAAUUGAACAAUUUCAGGAUUAUGCUUGCAUUGAUGUUAUUUACGAUUUUGACAGAACAGUUCAAAUAAAAUCAUUUACUGAACGACAUUCAAACAAAAUGACAACGAAACAAACGUAUGAACUCACAGAAUUAUCGGAGCUACCUAGCGGAUAUGAUUAUGACCAAUUUAUUUCUAUCAAUCGAGCUGCUAUAGCAAUAUUAAUUCGAAAUUGUUGGUUAAAAAUGGUACAACAAAUACCUAAGAAUAAAAUUUUCAUAGUUGCUGGUCCAGAUACAAAGACCUUUCAACUAACAAAUAAUAACGUGAUUGAAUCAACUGACUUGGCUUGUAAUCAGUCUGAAGCAGAUACUCGAAUGUUUGUUCAUGUUAAUCAUAUAUCGCAUAACAGUAAAUAUGCUCAAAUUGUGUUGAAAGUCACGGAUAUAGAUAUCGUAGUUUUAGCCGUUGGCUAUGCGAAUCAGUUUCAAAAUGAAUUAAUUGUUAAUUCUUCUCCCUCACCAACAAAUCAAAAGUUUAUUAAUUGUUCAAAACUAUCAAAUGAAUGUCGUACUCGUCAUAAGAUUAAGCCAAAAUUAUUCAUUCUACACGCAUUGAGCGGCUGUGAUAGCACGUCGUUCAUUCGUAAUGUUAGUAAAAAAAAACAUUUGAAACAUUUAUGA